UACAGCAUCAUUUGUCGUGCAUCGUAGUGAUCAGUGGGCAUGCUGUACGGCUUUAUACACGCCAUCAGUACCACCGCUACCAGCCACGGUAAAGCGAACUGACGUUUAUGGGACGAUCAGUGGCUGAGUACCACCAACGCCGCAGCACGAUCACGCGGCGAUGCUGGCGAUCUAGCAACAGCUAACAGCGUAAGAUCAUCGCUAGGUCUCUGCCAACUGUCCGCCCGAAAUCAAGCGAGCGCCCCCUGGAUAACAGCGACAGCGAAUUUGACCAUGUCGAUAAUUGCCUCGGAUACUGUUGGUCUUCUAUUCCGUGCGAUAAUGGCACCGACAACGACAUGUGCAACUGCGUAUGCAGCAAACACCGAUCUGAAAACGUCGGCUCACACGAAAAUAGAAUAUUAUUAUGUUAGAUAGAUCGAACGAUGGGUUUUCUGCAUUCUGCAUGUAGAAGCGUUUGUGUUAUGAUGUUGAUGACAGGGACGUCGAUCACGACGAUUGCAAUAAUGCUGAAAAGGUGAUGUUGAUUCGCAACGCUCAGUGAAGAGGAAGUGUAGCCUCACGGCCGGAUUUGAGUGUUGAAAAAAGUGAACUAGAUAGAUACUGCUGACGAGCGAAGCGCGAUGAGGGAAAGGAGUACUUGUUAGCGACUAUCUUAAUGGAGUAUGCGUGAGUAAUUUAAGUCUUCACAUUGGAAGGAACAACCAGACUCGAAGAUGUCGGGAUCAAGAAGAACUUUAAGCAGUCUAUGAUGACUUCUUUAAAGAACUUUCCUGUUAGUGCCAAGGAAGAGUCAAGCAAAUAGGUUGCUGCCGGGGACAAUCGGUCGACAAUGUACGGGUUUCCUGUAACUUCAGUACUAGCGUGUGCUGUCGCGUGUCUGUGCGUCGUGGGUACGAAUGCUCUUCUCGAGGGUAUUCCUGACGCUGGAACUGGCAGUAGUAAGACAAGCAUAAAGAAUUAUCUCGAUCUGCUAAAGCCGGGCAUUUCGUCGUUAUGUAACUUCGCCUCUCAUGACGGCGUGGCUUCCGCAGAAUGUCUAGCGUGUACAGAUUCGCUCAAACUCCUUAUUGACCAUUUCAUCGAGCAGCGCACUUGGGCUGUUAUGAUGGCUGAUGCUUUGGUGAAGCCGCCAAGUGGACUUUUGUCAGGAACGUUUAGCUUUGUUUCGCACUACGAUCAAUGUAUGAAGAUAGAUGACCAGGACAUUGAUGAUAUUGUCGAUGUUACGACGAGAUAUCCCAAUCUACCGUCUAUAAUUAAGGGCGCGUACUGCAGUUUCAAACUUCGUCUGAGCCGUAAUCCAGGGUUCGUGCGACCGAAUCAGACAAUGACUGAAUUUCAAGAGACGAUGAAGAAGGAGGAAGGCCAAAUGGAUGAGGUCAGGAAACUGCAGCCAGAGUUCCCUGGCUUCAUAGGGCUCUGUGUGCCAUCUCCGUGCACCAAAUUAUCAUUCCAAAAUAUGGGAGCCGCCAUCAAGAAUAUGCUCUACAAGUUCAUCAGCGACAAUUACUCAAAGUUCCCCAUGGUAGUUGGGAUGGACAUUGUGUCAUGUACGACACGCGACACGGAAAACAGGAUUAGCUGGACAUUUUCAACGCAGCUCAUUGUGUGCAUUUUCGGAAUGUUGGCUCUCCUGGUAGCCAUCGGUACUCUCGUAGACACGUACGUCUGCAUCACAAUUGACCGCGAGUCGAAAGACUAUGACGUUAAGCACACAUUUGACUACGAAAACACCGGUAAUAUUGUCCACAUGUUACGCAAUUGCUCCGCAGUCGUUUCACUUCGUAAGCUUCUGGAUAGCCGCGUUUCGCCAGAUACGAUCAAAUGUAUCAAUGGAGUGAAGUUUUUCUCGCUGUUUUGGCUCAUUAUGGGUAAUACUGGCCAGCUGAGGGCAGGUAACAUGACAACCAACCUAAAAGAAAUGCGAAAGGCGCUCGAGACCAUGUCAACUCAAUUCAUUUUAAACAAGGAUCUUGCUGUAGACUCCCUAUGCGUCACCGCCGGUGUCCUCUUCGCGUUCGGUCUGUCCAAGUUCGAUGGUACCAAACAUGUACUUAAGUACACACUUCAUCGACUUACCAAGACACUGCCGUGUUACUAUCUUUUGUUAUGGUUCCUGGCCAAGUGCUUCGCAGGCCUCGGGACGGGUCCCACGUGGGACAUUGAGAGUACACGCUACCUAGCAAAAUGCGAUACCAACUGGUGGACCAAUGUUCUACUCGUUAAUAACUUCGUACGGGUCGAAGAACAGUGCAUCCCUCAUGCAUGGCUCUUGGCUAUGCUGAUGCAGGGUUUACUUCUUGCUGUAAUCGCUAACUUCUUCUGGAAAAGGGCUGAAGACCUUACGCACUUCGCUUUGGGGGUCCUUGUUCUUGUUACAAUGAUUGUUGAUUUCAUCAUUAACUACGCCAAUGACCUCGGCCCAACUACAUUGCUCCGAGAGUACCGACAGGGCUCUCGAAACGCAUAUAUGACGCAUGUUGGAAUGCAGCUCUACUCCCGCGGAGGACCUUUCUUAAUAGGGUUGAUCGUUGGGUUUAUCUUCACUCAGAAGAUCAACCGAAAGAAGACUUUUGCUAAGAUGAAUCGCCUGAAGACGACAUUUAUGUGGUUGAUGAUUCUCGCCGCUACUGGAGUAACAGUAAACGCUACGUUCGGCUGGAACAAAGGCUCAUCUUCGCCUUCGCCAAUAGCGUCCGCUUUCUACGACGCACUUCAUCGGGUGGUAUUUGCCCUGGUCACCAGUCUUCUGAUUAUGAUGUGCCAUGCCGGUAAAGGCGGCGUCUUCAACAUGCUACUCUCAUGGCCUGGCUUCAUUUCCGUUGGCCGGAUCUGGCUGUUGAUCUACCUAAUCAAUCCGUUUGUCAUUUUCUACAACAACGGUACACUGCGAGCACCUCAAUAUUACACCAAAAAACAAUUGAUAAUUGAGAUCUUCUGGAACUUUUUCGCUUCGAUAAUGGUCUCCAUCAUUCUACACAUCCUUCUCGUGAGGCCAUUCGAGGCUCUUGAAGGAUAUGUUUACACUUUGAUGACAGGACCCCGCAAUAACGGGUCAUCAGAGGACAAUGCUUCGCGCUACGACGAAGAAUCUGGAAAACGUCAAUAUUCGGUUGAAAGUAGUCCACAAUCGUUGAAGAAACAACCCAUCGACUAUGCGCUUGAGGUGACGGAUGACAAGAACGAACAAAACGAGCGCCUAUUGAGAAAAGAUCAGCAGUUAUGAGAACAUCCGCUUUGAAUUCGCACAGCAGUUGGACUAUGAGUGAUCGGUGAGGCCAUCGCCGUGAAUGCCACUCGAAGUUUCACCUCCUUGGUCCAAGUCAAAAGACCGAGCUGUCCUAGAGUUCGCAAGGCGGGAGGUACAGCAAAGGAGAAGUAAACGAGAACCAGGCAUCAAAUACAAGAUAAGAUUACACCAUUAGCGGGUCGAGUUAAAACAUGAAUAUCUUAGAAGAUAUUAAGCUGUAGCUUCAGGGUUCGAUUGGAAGUUAACCGAAACAAAAAGCAAUUUUUGCCGGACGUAGCGACGUACCAUAGGAAUACAACGAUACACAGGUCUAUAGAGCUUUUCUCUCUGCGGCCUAGAUAAGGAUCUACAGAAGUGGAGUACUUAAUAAGUAACAGCAAUUUUAAAAGAUGUGCAGAAAAAGUAAGCCGGCCUUUUGACCGUUAGUAAACGUUGUAAACGAAUCCGGCACUGCUGCUUAUAAUAUAAUAUAUUAAUAAUAAAUGUGCCUUUAAAAUGAUCCGCCGCUUGCGAAAAUAACUAAUGUUGCUUUUGUUACAAGAAAAAAAAUAUUGCAAAAAGCGCUCAUCGAAAAAUUAUCACCGUGUGCCAAGAAUAUAUUUACUAUGCCGUAUACACUUACUCAUAAUAUAUAACAAAAAAUUUAUGAAGUGCAUUUUUAUUUCUAGCGUCACGUGCUAUUGCUAAGUGAUUGAGAAAUAAAUUUAUUAGAACGUUGUCA